AACAGUCCGGCGUUAACUUCAAGAUUGAUGAGGUCUAGGCCUUCAACGUAAUGAGCAAGUUCAAUAAAUAUUUUGCGACGCAUCGGACGCGAGUAAAGACGCGAUGCUGGUUGUGUUCAUUGUUUUGUUUUCAUUAGCAGCCGCUAACCCGAGACAUAAACAAUACAGAUACGACUAUGAGUACAACUCAAAAACUGAUGCUUUCUACAAACUGCAUGUUGCGACCGCAACGGACAAUGAGGCGAAAUCCCGUUGCCAAAAAGAAGGCGCUGAACUGAUGACUAUCUCAUCCCAAGACGAUGUUGUACAAGUUCACAAAAUGCUCAAGCAGUUCCCAGAUAUAGGAAACUAUGUGUUGGUCACAUCGGAUGGGUUACAACAUGAGUCGGCUGAAGAAACACCACUUAUUUACAUGGAAGAUCCAGAUUGGCCCGAAACAUCAAGGGGACAAUGUAACGUGGUCACCCGAGAGGGAAUAGUAGAGACUUCCAACUGCCUCAAUAAAUUACCAUUUAUGUGUAAAAUUAAAGCUAUCAAUGUCAUCUAUGAUUCAAGAUGCAAAGUCUACUCUUCAGGAUACAAAUAUUACAACAUCACGGGUAGCUGCUACAAGAUGUCUGAGACCGCAGCGUCGUGGAAUAGGGCGUAUGAGGAUUGCCACGUGGUGGGUGCUCACCUCGUCAUCAUCAAUUCUCAGUCUGAGCGUUCCCUGCUCUACGAUGUUAUGAACGCCGCCCCACGGGUUCCUACCUCAGCUGCCUCCUGGUUCAUACUCGCGGGUAUUAGAGCAACCGAUGCAAACAAUACCAGAGUCUUCAAGACUGUUUUUAAUCAGACACUAGAAGAGGCGGGUUUUGCUGAAUGGUCGCCCGGUGAGCCCAACAACGCGUCGGAGUCAGAGAAAUGCGGCAGCAUUUUUUUGAAUGACGCAAAAUAUAAUGAUGUCGAUUGCUUGAAAGAAUUUGCCUACAUGUGUGAAAAUGAAAUCGGAAUUCAUCAAGCUUAGUAUUAUUGAUAUAGAAAUAACGAGUAUGUUAUCUUCAGCCUACAGGAAUUCUCCAUUCCCUUCAACUAUGUCAGUAAAAAGCUAU